UUUUAAAAUAAAACCAUGUUUGUCUUUCUUCAGGCAGUUCGUGUUACAAAACCCAACAUUCCAGAAACAAUUCGAAGAAACUAUGAGCUCAUGGAGAGUGAGAAGACCAAACUACUGAUCGCUGCCCAGAAGCAAAAGGUGGUAGAAAAGGAAGCUGAGACUGAGCGGAAAAAGGCCCUAAUUGAGGCAGAAAAAAUUGCCCAAGUAGCUGAAAUUACAUAUGCACAAAAGGUAAUGGAGAAAGAGACCGAGAAGAAGAUAUCCGCUAUUGAAGAUGCAGCUUUCCUGGCUAGAGAAAAGGCUAAAGCAGAUGCCGAGUACUAUAAUGCCCAGAAGAUGGCCGAAGCCAACAAGUUGAAGCUGACUCCUGAAUAUCUAGAACUUAUGAAAUACAGAGCUAUUGCAGCAAAUAGCAAGAUCUACUUUGGAAAUGACAUUCCAAACAUGUUUUAUGACUCUACGCAUCAGCAAGACAAGUUGUUUGGAGCAUCGGCACAUGAGAUCAAAAUGUCACUUGACGAGAAGCCACAUGCAGAGAUCACCAAAAACAUGGAAUGAAAUGUAGAAAUGUUUAAUGAUCUCUAGUGUUUUAAUUUUUUCAGAAAAUACAAACUCUCAACUAUAGUAUUUGGAAGCUGGUGUUUUGUUUUGAUUGCUGUGAAAGGCUUCAGUUGGAUGAAGUCUAAAGACCACGAGGGAAUGCUAUGCUCUGACCUGGUCCAGUUUCUGAUACUGCCAUGUUUGGUGUUCGCAGCACCUUUCAUGAACCUCUGUCAUUCCAAGUUUCAGGUGCAGCCAUUGCUACUGAGAAUUUAUUUAUGUCCUUAAGUUUUCUAAGAACUGGUGGUUUGUAGUGUGGAUUUCAUACCAGAUUUAAUGAAGUGCAAAACAAAAAUGCACAGAGUCAUCUACAGCUGCUGUCCACCAAUAACUGAUUGAGAAAUCAAAAUUAUUCUUGAGGCAUUUUAAUUUUUUAUACAGGCUGAUAAACUGUUUAUCAUGAGUCCAUAUGUAGUUUUUACAGUGUGUUGUAUUAUUUUUAAAGUUGGUGUUGGAAGGGGGGGCAUUGUCUUUAUUAUAUUGUCAUAUGGGGUUUCUUUGUCAUUUGCUUUCUUUAGAAAGGACUAGAGAACAUAUGUCCUCUUCAUAUGAAUCCACUAGUUAAGCAUGUGAAUAACAGAGGUGAGGACUGUGCAAAUAUUGCGUAGUGUUAACUUUUCCACAUGCUUAAUGUAAUUGUUUUUAUGUAUUCAUUUGCUUAUUUUUAUUUCAGUAGUCUGCAUAGUAGUAAUAUAAUUUGCUGCAUAUUUUUUUUUUUGGACACCAUUUCUUGUAAAUCAACCUUUCCCAAAUGAUGAGGCCAACUUCCUGCAGAAGCCAAGGCCUGUUUCAGGAGAGGCCCAAGCCAAUGUGAGAUUGUGUACUAUUUUGUCAUCUUGUUUGGGAACAUGCUAAAUGCAGAAGGGUAAAUAAUCAGUAGAUAUGUAUAUCUGAUUGUAAAUUAAUAGUAAAUUAAUACUAAACCAAA